GAGGGAGAGAGCGUGAGAGGGAGCGCGCGCUCAGUGUAGUCAGUGUUUUACCGUCAGCGGGACCGGGCAGACUUGUGUGUUGUGUUAGUUAGUGUAGCUCGUCCGGUUGGUGCGGUUGUUUUAUUUGUUUUCUCGCUUCUCUAAAAUGCGGUUCUGACAGCAGCCGGGCUGCGGGCGCCGCCGGCUCCUCCUGACCGGAAAAUGAAGCGUCUCUGUCGGAGGCUGGCGGUGGCCGUGGCGGUGCUGGUGUGGCUGGGAGCGCUGGUUUACCUGCUGGUGCUGAGCCGGAGGAAGCUGCCGGAGCUCGGUACCGGAGCAGGAGCAGGGGGUGGAGCUGCAGCAGGAGGCGGAGAGACCGCGUACAACCAGAUUUCGGAUGCAGAGUGGGAGGACAUGUUGGAGGGAUUUGAUGAGCGGAGUUACCUGAACGCUCGGCGCUGGAAACCCGGCGACGACCCGUACACCCUGUACGCCUUCAACCAGAGAGAGAGCGAACGCAUCCCCAGCAACCGAGCCCUGAGAGACACAAGACACUACAGGUGCACCACCCUUCACUACGACUCUGAUCUUCCUCCAACCUCUAUCAUCAUCACCUUCCACAACGAGGCCAGAUCCACCCUGCUGCGCACCAUCAGGAGCGUUUUAAACCGAACUCCGGUUCAUCUCAUCCACGAGAUCAUUCUGGUGGAUGACUUCAGCGACGACGAAAGCGACUGCCAGCUUCUCACCAAACUGCCCAAAGUCAAAUGUCUCCGCAACAACAAGAGAGAAGGACUGAUCAGGUCCAGAGUGCGGGGGGCCGAUGCCGCGAGGGCCGGGGUCCUCACCUUCCUGGACAGCCACUGUGAGGUCAACAAGGACUGGCUGCCCCCCCUCCUGCAGAGGAUCAAACAGGACCCAAGCCGUGUGGUCAGCCCGGUCAUUGACAUCAUCAACAUGGACACCUUUGCCUACGUUGCAGCCUCCGCUGAUCUCCGUGGAGGUUUCGAUUGGAGUCUCCAUUUUAAGUGGGAGCAGCUGUCGCCGGAACAGAGGGCUCGCCGGAUCGACCCGACUCAGCCAAUCAAGACUCCCAUCAUCGCAGGCGGGCUCUUUGUGAUCGACAGGUCCUGGUUCAAUCACCUCGGCAAAUACGACACCGCCAUGGACAUCUGGGGCGGGGAGAACUUUGAGAUCUCGUUCCGGGUGUGGCAGUGCGGCGGCAGUCUGGAGAUCCUUCCCUGCAGCAGAGUGGGUCACGUCUUCAGGAAGAAACACCCGUACGUCUUCCCCGAGGGCAACGCCAACACCUACAUCAAGAACACACGUCGCACAGCUGAGGUGUGGAUGGACGACUUCCGUCUCUUCUACUACUCUGCUCGACCUGCAGCUCGAGGGAAAUCCUACGGAGAUGUCCGAGGCAGAGUGGAACUGCGCAAGAAGCUCAAGUGCAAAUCCUUUAAGUGGUACUUGGACAAUGUCUACCCAGAGCUCAAGGUCCCAGAUGACUCCGACUCUCAGUCCGGGGUGAUCAAACAGCGGCAGAACUGUCUGGAGUCUCGCAGGGUGGAGGGGCAGGAGCAGCCCGUCCUCACACUGGCUCCCUGCAUCGGAACAGAGGGGGUCCCCGCCAUCAACCAGGAGUGGGUGUACACUCAUGGGCAGCAGAUCCGUCAGCAGCAGCACUGUCUGUCUCUGUCCACCACCUUCCCUGCCUCCCAGGUCCUCCUGCUGCCCUGCAACAUGGCCGACGGCAAGCAGCGGUGGCAGAAGUCGGGGACUCACUUGGAGCACCUGGUCUCUCGGUUCUGUCUGGACUCGGAGAUGGCUCUGGAUGGGAUGGACUCCUCACGAAUGCUGGUCAUCAGCCCCUGUGAACUGAGCGCGUACACACAGAGAUGGGAGGUCCCCUUCUCCUGACCUCUGACCCCUGUGACCUUUCACCUGCAAAAAUCUGCCCCGUCACCCAUUCUCCGCCUCAAACACCUGGGCAGAGACAGCUGCUCGGACAGAGUGAAGAUGCAUGAGCACGUCAUGUCAGGAUGCUGUGUUGAAGAGAGUUGAACAGAAAGUUUUUGAUGCCUCCUCAGAACUUUGGAAGGUUUAAAACCCUGAUUCUUUGAGGAUCUGUGCUGGAUGGAAACAUCGCUGGAGGAAGAGACACAUCAGAAAUGUCGAGUUUGUUUUGUCUGGAGGUUAAAGUGUCUGUUUGAGGCUGUUCAGACGUUUGGUGGAGAGUCAAACCAAGUGCACCUUAAAACCCUGAACUGUCAAAGAUCUGAGUUAGACAGAAACUUUGCUUGAGGAAAAAAAAUCAUCAAUCAGAGAAUGUGUCUUGUAAUCUUUUGCAAUGAAAGUGUCUGUUUUUAAGGCUGUUAAAUAAUUUGGGAAUUAAAACCAAGCACAACUGGAGUUCACUCGGUCAAAUACCUGUCACAUACUGCUGUAUACACGUCCUGAUCUUCAGAGCUGACUUGUUGCUUUUUCUAAAGACUGAAACUGACGCACAAACAGUCUGAUGCAUCUCUUCUAGCUCUAAAUUUAAGAUUCAUACCUUAUAAGCACUCUGGACAGUGAUCCAGCUGAUCAGACUGUCUCAUCAAACACAAUCAAAUCAUCUCAAAUCUGGAAACUGACAUGAAAAAAGAAGCUUUUCUAUUUUUACUCUGCAGUUGCACGACAACGUAAAGUAACCCUGCUGUGUGAGACCAGAUUGAUUUGUUCCAAAGGAGAGUAAAAAUAUCACAGAACCAAAAGAUGUAACAUCAGUGUUUGGGAUAGUUUCUGUAAUGCUGUUAAAAUGAUGUUGUCUGUGUCUGUUACUGUUCUGAAGUGUGCAGAGGGGAUCGGACAUUUUGUCGGCUGUAGGCUGUUUAGACGACCAUAAUUUCCCAGCAGAAGCUUUGCCGACGGCAGCUUCCACGACCAUGUCAGCAGAUCUGACUGCAGAAGAAGAAAAAAGCAGGAGCGCAGAGGAGAAGGAAGAAAGACACAAAGGAGGACAAGAAAAAACAGAGGAAUUAACCUAAACUCAGACAGAAAAGAAAAGGCAGAUGGACACUGACAAACACACACAGUGAGAAGCAACAUGUAACACAGAGAACAGCAUGAACGCAGUACAUCUCGUAAUGUCUGCUCUUCUGGGGGUCGCUCAGCAGAUUUCUGUUUUCAGUUGCCUGGAGGAAGCAGCUGCUGCAGCUGCUUCGUAUUACACGCCUGGUGUGAAGCGCUGCUGUGCAUGUGGGAAUUUUCUAUAAGAGUUGACGUUGUGUUUUCCACUCACCUUAACUUAAUCAAACUGGGGGAAAAGCUUUACUGUCAAUGUUCAGUUGCCCUAAUGAUGUUUCAUCAUGUUUCUUGUUCAAGUUCAGAUUUAUAAAAGUGAUUCUGCUGUUUGGGGUUUGUUUUUAAGAAAGAGUGCCUGUUGUUGAAGCUUCUUUAGAAUCUGAGCGAUAUUUAAAAGCUACCAGACCUCGUGUUGGUCACAUACCUGAGAUUGAUUUUAUUUUGGAGCACACUGGCAGGACAUAGGGUUGUUAUUGAUGGUCAAACUGCAGCUGUUGUGACCCUCCGGUCAUGUGACAGAGUCAAAACACAACUGAAGUGAACCACAGACCUACAAAUGUUUAAAUAAUCACUAAAGUUCCCUAACAGUCAUUUUGCAAGGUUAGCAGUCAGUUUUUCAAAAGAUGGAUUUCUCAUUUUGAAACCAAAUUCUCUCCAAAUCGUGUCCCUCCUCCUGUGUCUCUGACAUCUUUGAUAUCCUGUUUGACUCCUGAAUAAAGGUUUUCUAAUGGC